CAGCAAAAAGUAACUUACAGAGAAUCAAUUUCGCCAUAGCCAACGUAGAGAUAAUCGGGUUCCCAAAUAUCAACCGCGCGCGCUUGCUGAUCAAAGCAAUUUUGCAACAAUUUUGCCUCAAUAAAAGCAAACUGCGAAAAGAGAAGAAAACUUUUACGGAAUGAACCACUGAUCACUCACGCCACCAACAGGCGGGUAAGCACACUACUUCCAAAAUUUGAAUAGGCGCGCAUUUUACAGGCGCAGCAACUUCCGAGCGAGUCGAGCAGUCGAGCCAAUGAGAACGCGAGCACAAGGAAUUUGCAAAGUUCUCUCUGAUUGGUCAAUGGUUAUUCAGAAUUUCAGAGGCAUGCAGCCAUGAAUGCGCUCCUAGUUCUGAAUUCCUUUUAUCGUUUCCAUAAUAUCCGUCGUGUUUUUAUUUCCAUUUUCCUGCACUGCUGACGCUAACAACAUCUGCAGAGAGCAGUCAGCAGAUCACGACCAGAUCACGACGCAGAGGAGUCAAAUGUAUGUACAUAAUUAUGUACUUAUUGUACAUAGUCAAUAGUCAACAAAAACAAAAGUGCGGACUGCGGGGAUCAUUGCAUUGGAACGACAGCGGAGGCGGGAUCGACGACUGACCUCGUGAAGGUGUAAAAUGCAUUGUUUUAACCAGUUUUGCGCCCUGGACACGCUGAAUCCGCAGCUUGGUUCGUCUGAAUGUGCUCAAGGGCAGGUACGAGGAGACCCUGGAGACAUGGCUGGCCAUGAACUUUCUUGUCAUCGAGUACAAGGCGCUGUGGAAGUCCAUCGACGACUGUCCCACUUGGGACACUUCGAACGUUUGGGACAACUCGCAACAACUCUUGCAAGAGUUGAUUGGCAUAAAUUUAAAGUUUGAAGACUAUCUGCUGCUGCAGAAUCGAAUGUCCAGUCUGAGAGUGGAAUUGCUGGAAAAAGUGAGGCCUCACUUUGGUGCCCCUUGGCCCAAAAUUGCGGAAACUUCAGCUAUAAAUCAGUACAUUGACCUAAUCAAGUUCCAAAUUGGCUGUAUUCAACAGAAUUCAAGAAUAUAUGAUAGUGAAGUUAAAAGCCCGGAAAAAGUUGAGAAGAAGUUUGCCAAAAUGUAUAAAAACCUGGAGAAAGUGGACAAAUUUGGAAAGCGAUCUCUGCUUGCGUGUUGGAGCAUUAAGAAAAAACCAUUGACCGCUUCUAAUUUGCACAUCUGGGAAUUCUCUCCUGACACUCCAGCAUUGUCUUAUCAACUCCCUGCUGAAGUUUCCUCACAAAUAAGGACCGAAGCGACUGGAGAAAGUGCAGGUCAGGAGGUGGCAAGGCGCUCCACCAUGCAUGUGUGGAGGUUUUUGGGCGAGGCCGAAUGGCGCCUUCCUGGCCAAAUGGUCAAGCUGGCGCACCACUUACAAGAUGUAGAGAAAAGACUCGUAGAGAAGCAAGAGCAGCUAGAUGAACUGGAAUUGGUUGUGCUGCAGCAGCUGAAAGAGGUCAGAAUCGAAAAGAACCUUUUACACCAUGAAUUAGCACGCAACAGGAAGUUCCUCACGCAGAUCCUACUUGAGAAGCUGGUCAAUGAAAACCAGACGCUAAAGCAGCUCAGGGUGUCCACCCGCUACCCGCAGAGCGAGGACCCUGUUGUGCAGGAACUUUUGCAAAAAAACCUUGUGCUUGAGCAUCAGGUACAAGCGCUUGAAAGGGUUGUGGAAUACAAUCGAGAAGAGGCUGCGCGGCACAAAGAACGGUCCUGCAGCAUCACCAACAGCCUGAACAACGCUGUCAACUCGCUGGAGCAGAUUGCAGUCAUGUUCAUUCUACACGAGCGCACCGACCAGCAACUUGUUCUGAAGCUCAGGUCGAUCGUGCAGACCGAUGACCAUCUACAGGGCCUUGUUGGGAUGCUCAAUAAAGAGGACCUUUCUGUACUGCAAAAGUCUUUGCAGAAAGGCAAUGUGGACCAGGCCGUGUUGUCUGGCCUGAUGGAAGAUCUGGACCGCCAGCAGAGUGAAGCAGAGGAAGAAAUUCACAAAGAAGAAAAAUCAAAACAUCGACACAGCUCAAGUGUGGAUGACCAAUGACUGGAAAAGAACAAGUUCCUCAGACCAUAGGCUAGACGCCUCAAAAUCAAAACACAAAAGCAGCAGGGAAGACAAAGACAGGUAUAGGCACUCAUUGAAUAGCAAGAGACCCAGUCGACCCAGAGAAGACAAGAAAAAAGACACCGAAAAAAUUAAGAGAGAGCCUGUCGACUACUUUAGACAACCUGAAUAUGGAAAAACUGAAAAUCUCCUCCCUCGGUGACCUUUUGAAGAUGCGCGCCUUGUAAAAUCUUGAUAACACUCAUCCUAGCAAGAAAACUAAAGUUUAUUCGGGGGAUGAAAGCAUUUCGUGGCGAGAGGUACCCACUUAGCAAGAUUUGUGCAUCAAGAUACUUCAAGAUAAUGUUGAUGCUUACGAGCAUGUGGGCAGUGUACCAUUCUUUUUACUCGAGCCAUGCAGUGUUUUCACAGGCAAAUGCAUUGCAGCUGCGGCUCCCAUAGAGCACUACAACCAGUAAUUUGUUGAAGAUCUUGACGCUCUAUGGGAGUCUUUGGUCAGCAAUGAGUUUAAGACUGCUAUUAGGCAAGAAUAUGAAUGCUGGAGAGAUGUUUAUGAGAGAUCUCAGCUUGCUGCGAAAAUAAAAGAUAAUAAUGAAGCAAGGAAAGCUCCACAAUGAACCACCAAGUUAGCUUUUGAACACUCUUUGGUCAAGUUUCCUUGCAGUGUAUGGAAACAGCAGAGGAAAAACAUGUGACUGCUAUAGAAGAUCUCUUCCAAGCAAAGUUUCUCAAUCUUAUGACUCUAAUGAGGCUGGCCCGUCAGGAAUGUCGUCCAAAGACUUGCUCUCACUGUUGCUGUCGGUCUCUUAAGUGACUGUCCUUCAAAAAAGGCGCGAGUCCCCUUGUGUGCCACUUCCCGCGCAGCGUCAAGGCAGGGCCCUGAUUGGUCGAGCCGAAAUUUGUAACCGAGUCGAUGUCCUUGAAAUGAGUGCAAAAGACGCUCUCUUCCCUCGCAGACGCCGAGCGCAUCAGACGCGUCCCCGACCUCUCAGCCCUCGGCCUACUGUAAGGGUUCCUAUUUUCGGCGAUUGCCGUAUAGCUACCAACCUGCGUGCGGUAAUUUGUGUGCCAGAGAUCUCUCCGAGACAGACAGGAGCGAAACCAGCGAGCGAGUCCUGUUAUCCGGCUGAACCUCUGGAGAGGAUACCAAUUUUCAAAAAGCGGAACUUUGUGACGGGGUAGCUUGCGGACACAAACACAAGUGAGCGUCCUGAUUUCCCGG